GCGAGCCCAGUCCAGAAAUUGUAUAGCCAGUACGAGUACCCAGCCAAGCUAUAACUAGCAAGCAAUUGGGUGUGUUUCUACACAGGGGGCUCAGCAUUCACAAUGAGGACAAUAACAACACCCUCCUGACAUUUACAGCAUACACGAAGUGGAUCUGUCGAGGCACAAGUAAUAGCCAUGGAUACAAGCGACAGUAAGGACGUGAAGCUCUCGGCCGAAGUUGAACCCUUCAUCCCCCAGAAGAAAGGUCCGGAAGGUGCUCUGGUUGCAAUGAGCCUGUCAGGCGAAGGUGGAGGGGGCAGUGCCGGCAGUGGGGUCGAGCCCACGACCAUCCCCAGCUAUCUCAUCACCUGCUACCCCUUCGUCCAGGAGAACCAGCCCAACCGGCAACUCCCCCUGUAUAACGGAGACAUGAGAUGGCAGCAGCCCAACCCCGGCCCCGGAGGCCCCUACUUGGCCUACCCCAUCCUGUCGUCCCCCCAGCCUCCCGUAUCCAGCGACUACACCUACUACCAGAUCAUGCCGGCCCCCUGUGCGCCCAUGAUGGGCUUCUACCAGCCCUUCCCCUCCCCGUACGGGGCGCCGGUACAGGCGGGGGUGGUCAACGCCGUGUCGACAGACUGCAGCGAUCGCACAGCGGCUGCAGGCCAGGCCUUCGGUGUGUCCGGCCAGAGGGGACGGGGCAUCGUCCGGACGACCAUGCUGCCAAAGCAACUCUCUCAGCCAAUGAGGAGCAAGAGACCCCCAAUGAGGAGUGUUGCCGUGCAGAAGGAGGUCAGCGCGUCGGGGCCUGACGGCAGGGCGAAGACCGUCCUUCUGGUAGAUGCAGCCCAGCAGACCGACUUCCCGGGGGACGUCUCCAGCCGCUCGCUGUCGGAGAGGGCCAGCCCGCUGCUGUGGAAGAACAAGCCCCGGAGGAGACGGGCGUCCCAGCCCACGGCCGAGUCCUCCAGCGAGCACGGAGCCAGCGAGGCGGACAUCGACAGCGACAGCGGCUACUGCAGCCCCAAGCACAACCAGGCAGCGGGGACUGCCCCGCGGAGCGCGGAGCACGGCGUGUCCACGGGAGUUGAAGCUGGAGUGAUGACAGCGGUGAGCUGGGUCAAUGUGGCAUCCCAGGCCACUCAGAAACCCUGGGUGGACAGAACGGCUGUCUACUACAGAGGAGGGAAAGCACCCGACCAAAGAAACGGCCCCCAGGCACCGUCCUUUCAACAGGUGCGUCACUCUGAACAGAUGGACUUCCAGGCGGGGUACCACGGGCGAGGCUGUGGCCCCUCGUCGGACAGGGGCCCCGGGCUCCCUAAAAGGCUGCAGGAGGGUACGGUGCAGGUGGCUACCCAGCCGCCUGGGGCCCAGCUCAACACCGAGCCUCUCUAUUUUGAGGAUGAAGAUGAGUUUCCGGAGCUGGUUUCUGGGGGAGCCACACCUCGGAGUAAGCCGGAACAGGCACAGCCCAAGAUCCCUAAAAACCUGCUUGAGAACCUUCCGGAAAGCUCCCCCAUCAGCAUCGUGCAGACACCCAUCCCCAUCACCACGUCAGUGCCCAAAAGGGCAAAGAGCCAGAGGAAGAAGGCCCUGGCAGCUGCUCUGGCCACGGCACAAGAGUACUCCGAGAUCAGCAUGGAGCAGAGGAAACUGCAGGAGGCCCUGACUAAAGCCGCGGGGAAAAAGAGUAAGACCCCGGUGCAGCUGGACCUGGGAGACAUGCUGGCCGCCCUGGAGAAGCAACAGCAGGCCAUGAAGGCCCGCCAGCUGACCAACACUAAGCCCCUCUCCUACACAGUCGGCACGACCACCCCGUUCCACAGCAAGGACUCGGGCAACAAGGCGCCGGGGCAGAAGGGCCAGGCCUAUGUGGGGCCCCACAAUGCACUGGACUCCAGCGCUCCCCGCAUGAAGAGGGGGAAGGAGAGGGAGGUGCCCAAAGUGAAGAGGCCCACUGCACUGAAAAAGAUCAUUCUGAAGGAGAGGGAGGUGAAGAAGGGGAAGCUCUGUCUGGACCAGGGCGGGGCGGGGCAGGAGGAACAGGCUGGAGAGGAGCUGCACUUUUCGGAUGACCUGCCCCGAGAGAGCGUGUCCCAGGAGGACAACAGUCUGAGCAUGCCCAGUGACGCCUCGCUGUCGCCGGCCAGUCAGAACUCGCCCUACAGCAUCACGCCCGUGUCCCAGGGUUCCCCCGCCAGCUCUGGGAUCGGGAGUCCCAUGGCCACAUCCGCCAUCACCAAGAUCCACAGCCGCCGGUUCCGAGAGUACUGUAACCAGGUGCUGAAUAAGGAGAUAGACGAGAGCGUGACCCUGCUGCUGCAGGAGCUGGUGCGGUUCCAGGAGCGUGUGUACCAGAAGGACCCCUCCAAGGCCAAGGCCAAGCGCAGGCUGGUCAUGGGUCUGCGGGAGGUCACCAAGCACAUGAAGCUCCUCAAGAUCAAGUGUGUCAUCAUCUCCCCCAACUGCGAGAAGAUCCAGUCCAAAGGUGGUCUGGACGAAGCGCUGUACAACGUUAUCGCCAUGGCGCGGGAGCAGGAGAUCCCCUUUGUGUUCGCGCUCGGACGGAAAGCGCUGGGCCGCUGCGUCAACAAGCUGGUCCCCGUCAGCGUCGUGGGCAUCUUCAGCUUCUCUGGAGCCGAGGGGCUGUUCAACCGCCUGGUGUCCCUGACGGAGGAGGCCAGGAAGGCGUAUAAGGACAUGGUGUCGGCUCUGGAGCAGGAGCAGGCUGAGGAGGCCCUGAAGAACGUGAAGAAGGUCACGCACCACAUGGGCCACUCGCGCAACCCGUCCGCCGCCAGCGCCAUCUCCUUCUGCAGCGUCAUCUCCGAGCCCAUCUCCGAGGUCAAUGAGAAGGAGUACGAGACCAACUGGAGGAACAUGGUGGAGAUGUCUGAUGGCCUGGAACCAGCUGAGGGCAGUGUGGGGCCAGGCAGCCGGGCAGGGGCCAGAGAGAGCACGACAGCAGCCCAAAAGGAAGACGAGGGCCUCUCGGUCCCUGCACAGACAGCCCCCACCCUGACUUUAACCCCCGCGGCCCCCCAGCACGGGAAGGCCGGGGCACCGGCUGAGAAGGAGGAGGGUAAGACGGAUGACCGGUUGGAGUGGGCGUCCCAGCAGAGCACGGAGACAGGAUCCCUGGACGGGAGCUGCCGGGACCUCCUCAACUCCUCCAUCACCAGCACCACCAGCACGCUGGUGCCCGGCAUGCUGGAGGAGGGCGAUGAGGAGGACGAGGAGGAAGAGGAGGAGGAGGACUACUCGCCGGGGCCCGUCUCCGUGGACGUGCCCCUCAGCAGCCGGAUCGACUCCUGGGUCUCUGAGACGCUCGAGAACCUCCAGCUGGCCAAGAGUCCGGACAGCACGGAGGAGGAAGAGGAGGAUGAGGAGGAGGAAGAGGCCGGCGGACACAGCGACGAGGAAGGGUUGGAUUUUGCCGAAGUGGCAGAUCCGGGGCUGGAACACACUGACCAACCGUUGGAGCCCAAGAGCGUCCCGUGUUGACCGGCAACCACCACCCUCUCCAACCCUUACCGACCAACCAGCAGCUCGCCCUCCUGAGGAGGCGUCUAACUCUGCUGUGACAGGAGCUGUAUCAUCUCAGGAAUCCUGCAGACACCGACCGACAGGCUAACCAACCACCCAACCAACUGGCUCACCAACCAACCGACCCACCAAUCGUCUUCGUUCUUUUUUCAUUUUCAUAACACGCUAUUGUCAAGGGAAAGCUCUUCUGUUAGAUCCUGUUUGCAGCACCCCCACAGAAACAUUUCAUCCGCUUUUGACGCCUGUGGGAAUGAAUAUUUCUGCUAAAUAAGUUCUAAAUUGCUUGAAUAAGUAAGAGGUCGUGCCCGCCUAAUUUGUCGAGCGGCUCAAUACGGCACUCUCAUCCCAACAUUCCGUUCUGACGACCCUCUGGCUGCGCCGCUCUCCCACCGCUCCGCAUAUCUGCCAGAAACAAUGGGGAUUGGCUGGAGGGAGACUCUCUGAUGGAGAUUCCGCCCAUUUUCAUUGGCUUAGAAACGAUUCCCCAUUCCCUCCAGUCUGUCGUGCUGGAAGGCUGUAGCACAGAGCUGAUGAAAUCUGCGCUCUUAAAUCAUGAUACUGUUGAGCACACAUUCAGUUAUUUAUAUGGGUCUUCCAGAAGGUAUGCCCUACUGUUCUGCCGGGAGAAAAAUAUAUUGAUAAAGAAAAUUAAUCUGUAGGACGUUCGGAACUUGGCAACCAGAAGUGGGAAAGAAUUUAUUAAUUUAAAAACAAAAUGUAGGCUUUCUGGGUUACUCUUAAUUCAUUAAGUACUGUUUCAUUAGGGUAUUGAUUCUGAUUCAGGGCAUAGGCUAAAUCAGUGUUUGAGCUGUAUAUUUCAUUGAGCUCUGGAAAUAUAUAGUAAAGCUACUACGUAAGGAAUUAGAAGCCAGCCAAAUCUUAAGAGAAAAACAUGAUCUUUUUUUUUUGGUGUUUCUCAGAUCUGUUUUGUUUUUGUUUGUUUGUUUGUUUCUGCUGUUCAUUCUCUUAGUUAAAUAGAAAAUAAAUUGAAAGUGAUAUUACAGGACUAAAGGAAAAAUGUUGAUGUACAUACUUUGUGUAGGUUACUCUGUACCUGUCUUCUGUAAUAUUUCCCUGCUUAGAUUUAACAGCUUAAACGAGGGGGGUAUUUUUAAGUAGUUGCUUCUUGCUUCUUUUUACAGAUUUGGGUUGUUUUGUUUAUUAAUAUUUGUUUUCAUCUGGUACUCAUACUCGAUUUUGUGCCAGAAAUUAGAAUAUUUAAACUUUACGUUUUGUAGUUAUUUCGUUAACUUUAGUUAAAGUUUACUGCUCUUGUAAUGAGGAAUCAUUUAUCACAGCCUUUGUGGGGGUUAUUGUCAGAAAAACGAUAAAGCACCUCAACAUUCAGUUUGUUUUUAUGGUCAACGUUGUUUCCAUUCGGAGUGUUUUGGAGACGAGAGUGCCAGAGUGCACUGCUUGCGUUUAUGUAGUAGUAAGGUCUACACGACUGACGUGAUGGAACGCCAUUUUGACUCUGCAGCUCUGUAAACUCCCUGCUGACCUGUCUCUGUACUGGGACCCUACUUCCUUUUCAAUCCUUUUUUUUGUUCUCCUAAAAAAAAGCUUUAUUUAUUGUAUCCUUGUUUUUUUCUUAUGAUGUUGUAACUAUUGUAAUUCUAUCGAGUUUGGUUGAUGAUAACCUUUGAUAAAGUGGUGACCAAUGAAGCAAGAACCCCUGGUCCCCAACUUGACUCUCAUUGGCUGAGAGUUGUAAGCAUGAAGAUGUGGCCCCGCCUCCCGAGCCAGGGGAAAGACUGCGUGUAAUCAAUAUCAUUAAAAGUGAAGAAAAAAUGUACCCAAAAAAAAAAAAAAAGAAUAUUCACAUUGUAUUAACUUGUGUUACAUGUUGAAGUGUACUAUGAGACUAAUCACAAUGUAUUUUCACCCCUGAUGCUUUAAUAUACAAGUUUUACAAAUGAAAAAAAAAAACAUGCGUGUUGAACUGCGUAACGCGAAUCACAAUAAUGACAUGCGCUUCAGAAGAAAAAAAUAACAAGGAUUGUGUGCGGGAAUGUUCCUGAGCUUAACACGCAUGGGAAUGUGUUCGGUUGCCACGGGAGCAGUUGAAUGUUAAGAAGUAAACGUGUUGGUGCUAAAUGAAGGUCUCCUUUGUUGGAUCAAUGGUACUGUCUUUUCAGGACUUAUGUCAACUAUUACUCCAUUUUGUUUAUACUAUGUGUAUCGAGUAAUAAUAGCAAAUGCGUCCUUUGCACUAUGUAAAUACUAGUGAACUUCCUAUUGUAACUAAUGUGAAAGAAAUGGUUGUAUGCGAUACCCUUUUCAACGUAUUGCUUGUCUUUAUAUUACUAUUUAUGGCUGGUUCUUUAAAACUGUACAGCACUGGCAACUUGUAGAUGCUUCCCGUAAAAUAACUGUUAUCCAAUUUGGCUCUCGAUUGAUUAUUAAUAUUAUUAAAAUAUGUUGUUUAAGUUAA